AUGCUCAGGGGCUUGCGCUUCAAGGUGAUGGAGGGGCUGGUGAUGAUGCUGAUGAUGGAGCCGAAGCUUGACGAUGAGGCUAGACCUGCAGCAGCACUCGAGGCUGGCCAGGCUUGGCUAAGGGCUCGAGCUCUCACGCUCAAGCUGCACCCCCAGGUCCUGAAGCUCAAGCUCAACUGUCGACGAUAUGGAGAGGGAACGCGCCGUCAGCCUCUGAGCCUGUCGACCCUGAUGCGGGCAGCGACGAGUACUCCUGGCUGCAUGGCCUGGAGGCAGACCCACACGCUCUAG